AUGUCUGAAAAGCAUGAACCAGAGCCGAUCGCCAUUGUGGGCAUGGGCUGCCGUUGGGCAGGAGGCGUCCGUGAUACUCCUGGUCUCUGGGAAAUUUUGAUCAACAAGCGAUCUGGCUACCAAGACUGGGCCGAACCUCGCUUCUCGGCCAAAGGCUUUUAUCACCCGAACCCAGAGCGUCCAGGGACCACAGCUGCUAAGGGUGGUUACACUGUGACCGAGGAUCCUCGUCUUUUUGACCCCUCGUUUUUUGGAAUCUCCGGUCUUGAAGCAGAAACUAUAGACGCGUCACAACGCAAACUUCUAGAGGUGGUGUAUGAAGCCUUUGAAAGCGCCGGAGAUACCUGGGAGAGCGUCAAUGGAACACGAAUGGGAGUAUAUGUUGCCGACAUCUCAUACGAUAACUCAUAUGCACAAACACGGGACUGGGAGUAUGCAAGGCCACAUGCCACCACUGGCGUCUGCCACAAUAUUUUGAGCAAUCGGAUCAAUUACGUUUUUAACCUAUCCGGCCCAAGUGUCACUCUUGAUAGUGCUUGUACGUCAGCCUUAUAUGGCCUUCAUAUGGCAAUGCAAGCCAUUCGUGACGGAGACUGUGAUUCCGCUAUUGUGGCCACGGCCAAUUGGAUUAUGGACCCAGCCAUGCAGAUAGCCAUGGAUAAGCUAGGAGCAUUGUCCGGCACAUCCAUGAGUCACGCAUUCGAUGCUUCUGCGGAUGGCUAUGCGCGAGGUGAAGGAUUUGCCGCCAUAUACCUAAAGAAACCGGAGAAAGCCAUGAAGGAUGGCUCUCCUAUGCGCGCACUGGUUCGUGGGAGCGCUAUUGGCGCAAAUGGCCGUUCAAGCGGCAUCACCCAUCCCAGCGGUUCUGCCCAGGAGGCAAUCAUUCGGAAAGCGUAUGAGAAUUCUGGUCUGGACCCCUCACAGACACCGUUUCUUGAAUGCCACGGUACAGGUACGCGUGUCGGUGAUCCCCUUGAAGUUGAAGCGGCUGGGAAAGUUUUUGGACCUGGACGAUCGGACGCGCCUGAGGACCGCCUACUCAUUGGAUCCGUCAAGACAAACCUGGGCCACACCGAGGGAGCAGCAGCUCUUGCCGGGAUCUUCAAGGCUGUUCUCGCCUUGGAGGCUGGUGUUAUUCCGCCUAGCAUUGGAGUGAAGACCCUGAACCCCAGAAUCGACUUCGAGAAAGCCAAGGCUGAAGUUGUCACUGAGGUUAUUCCAUGGCCUGAAGGAAAGCUACGACGAGCAAGCGUCACAUCUGCAGGCUUCGGUGGUUCAAUUGGACACUGUGUCCUUGACCAUGUGAAUAUUUUAUAUCCGGAUUAUGUGAAGCCAGGACUUCUGGGCACCACAACGCUAAAUGGCAAUUCUACCGAACACUCUGCUCCCAAUAGAAAUGGUAUAACACCUGAAAAUGGGUCAAAUGGACAUACUAAUGGUCAUGCAAAUAGCCAUGCAAACGGCCAUGCAAAUGGCAAUGCAAAUGCUAUUGCAAGUGGUCACGUCAAUGGGAACAGCAACGGAAAUACGACAACCAAGCACGUUUCGAUUCUCCAACCUCAGACAAAGGCAUCAUCGGAUGCUAGCACUCGCCAACUUGUGCUUUUACCGUUUGCAGCGCAUAAAGAUGCCUCUCUCAAGUUGAAUAUUGAGGCUCUGUCUAGUGUCAUUGACCGACACUCCUUGGCAGAUGUUGCGUACACCCUAGGACUCAAACGGUCGAAGCUCUCCCAGCGAACCUUCCGUGUUGUUGAUAAAAUCGACCCCGCGCAAGGGCUCUUGAAUGACGUUCAAAAGACCUUCACAGCUGCGCCGGAGACAACAGCCCUGGGAUUCAUCUUUACGGGACAGGGAGCCCAGUGGCCUGCUAUGGGUGCCGAGCUUUUCGAAUACAAUGUAUUCCGCAUUUCCAUCGAAUAUUUAGACAGUAUUCUUUCGGCUGUUGCUGGAACUCGACCUUGGACUAUUGAAGAAGUGUUGUCGGGUAAGUCUGCGCCCGACCUAGUGCAAACGAGCGAAGUUUCGCAGACAGUAUGCACGGCAGUGCAAAUCGGCCUGGUGAACCUGCUCGCAUCUUGGUCUGUCUAUCCUUCUGGAGUGGUGGGUCACUCUUCGGGUGAGAUGGCAGCUGCAUAUGCUGCCGGUCGUGUCAGCGCCGCUGAAUCCAUUACAGCUGCGUACUACCGCGGCCAGGCUGUGUCUCAGAACAAACAACACGGUGCGAUGCUGGCUGUUGGUAUGAGUCUGGAGCAGGCUGCCAAGUAUCUUGAGGGCAUUGAGCAAGAGGUUAAAAUUGCUGCCAUCAACUCCUAUGAAAGUCUCACUUUGUCCGGUGAACAAGAGGCUGUCGAGAAGCUCUCAGCAGCACUCAAUGAAGAAAGAGUUUUCAAUAGACUGCUCAAGACCGGCGACAAUGCUUACCACUCACACCACAUGGUCGCACUCGGUGGAGAGUUCGAGACUUUACUCUCGGAGGGUCUGGCCCGUCUCCAAAGCCUAGGACUCCUCGAAAAGCAGGAUCGAUAUCCUUCCAUUCCAUGGGCCUCAUCAGUCACACCCCAUAAGGAAAUCACUGCAGAUAGCGUCCCGGUAGCUUAUUGGAGAUCCAAUCUUGAGUCUCCCGUUCGCUUCGCAGAUGCAGUUGCGAACUUAGUCCAAGACGAAAAUUUGAAUAUUGGAGCUCUGGUAGAGAUUGGACCGCACCCCGCCUUGAAAGGCCCCGUGAACCAAAUACUGAAAACUCUCGGGAAGACUCUCCCAUACACCGGGUCCCUCACUCGAGGAGAGGACAGUCGACGAUCCAUUCGGCAACUCGCUGGGUCGCUAUUUGGGAUAAAUGCAAAGAUCAAUUUGGCCGCGGUGAACGCCACAGACGGUACCAGUCACGAUAAGCCGGUCCUUAUACACGGUACUAUGGCUGUCGACCUUCCACCGUAUCAGUACGGCUAUGGACCAGUGAGCUACUAUGAGAGUCGCGCUAGUAAGGAGUUCCGCCUUCGCAGGGUGCAAAGGCACGACUUGAUAGGCGCCAAGGUAGCGGGCAAUGCAAAGCUUCGUCCUCAAUUCCGCAAUGUUCUCAGGAUGAAGGACUUACCCUGGCUUGGUGAUCAUCGUCUAAUCCCAGACGUAGUCUUCCCCGCAGCUGGCUAUAUGUGCAUGGCUAUGGUUGCCGCCUCGCAGCUCUAUGAGGAGUUCCCAGAUGCACUACCCAUCGUGGGCUUUUCUCUUCGCAAUGUGGACAUCAAGACAGCACUAAAAAUCCCCGAGGAUCAGCAUGGAGUGGAAGUUAUGCUGAGUUUGGAAUUGACCAGUGGAAGCGCUGCAACGUCUCCAUCCUGGACGAGGUUUUCUGUUAGCUCCGUCACUCGCGAUUCAGAGCAAUGGACCGAGCACUGCACCGGCCAGGUCAAGGUGGAGGUCUCCAAUAUCGUCGAAGCCAGCAAAUUGAGCCUGGGGACCGAGUCUCGAGCAGUGGAUUCGCGAGCGUGGUAUAAGACUUUUGCAUCCAUCGGACUCGGCUACGGGCCUGCUUUCCAAGCACUCUCAGCAAUUCGUGCAGCGCCCACCGAUAAUCUGGCGUCAGCCAGUCUCGGCCUGGAGACAACAGCUGGCAUGGUCAAAGGAGGCGAAUCCGUGUAUCCAAUCCAUCCUGCGUCAUUGGAUGCCAUGAUCCAGCUUGGCCUGCUUGCGUGCCACGGGGGACAAAUAGAACGGGCCACUACGGCAUUUGUACCCAUUCAUUUGUCGGAGCUGUAUCUAUGCAUCGGCAAUAAUGAGGAUCGGAGGACCGCCCUCGCUCAUGGAGAGUUUCGGGGCCAGCGAUCUGCCUACCUUCAGCUCCAACUACAGAGCCAAGCAGGCGAAUUGCUCCUGAAUAUUAAAAAUCUUCGCUGUAUCAGCUAUAUGCUGGAGAACAAAUCGCCCGAGGGCCGCAGCAAGGCGUACACCAGUCCAUUCAUGCGUAUGGUUUAUAGACCUGACUUCCGUGUGUUGAGCAACCAGCAGGCACGCGCUUUUUUCCCACCUCCGACAGAGAACACCUCCAGGGUCCCGAUUUUGGCUUCUCUUGAGAGUAUUGCUGCGUUCAUUGCUGUUGAUGUAUAUGAAAUGUUAAUCAGCGAGGCUGGCACCGAAGGCACUGAACCGGAUGCGUCAGGAACUUUGGAAUAUUACAUCUCAUGGUUAAGAAAACUUGUUGAUGAAUCUGGAUCACCCGAGAUGAUCGAAGCAAAAGCGCUGCCUCCUGCGCAGCGUGCUCAAAUGCUCAGAGAGCUUUACGGAAAGACCAGUGACAUACUCGAAGCGAAGGCUCUUUGGCGUCUGCAUGAAAGCAUGUCCGAUAUUCUGCAGGGCAAGAGAACCGGCGAAGAGGUCCUAGCGCAGGAUGGACUAUUGGCCGAUUUCUUCGAUGAUGCCCUAUUUCUCACUGGUGCCUAUCCCCAGAUCACAGAGCUCCUUGGCAGCAUCGGACAUGCUGAGCCUAACAACAAAAUCCUGGAGCUGGGGGGAGGACGGGGACGUGUGGCUGGCUUAGUGCUAGAUGCCCUUAGCAGCACCAACGGCAUCAAGCGUUACCAGGAUUACACCGUGACAGACAAAUCCGAGGCCACACUCCAGAGGGCUCAAGGCCAGCUUACCAGCUACCAGGAUGUCGAGUUCUCUGUGUUGAAUAUCGAGCAGGACCCACUUGAACAGGGGUAUGAACCAGUCUAUGACGUGAUUCUUGCCUCGCAGGUCAUCCACACGGCUUCGUCGGCUGUUACUGCUCUGAAAAAUGCCAGGAAACUACUGAAGCCUGGUGGCAAGCUCAUUCUUGCUGAGGUCACAGGAAAUAGCGCUUGGGUCGGGCUCAUCGGCGGUGCCCAGGCUGGCUACUGGCACGGGGUCGGGGAUGGACGCAUUGACAGCCCAUUCUUGGAUAUCAACGGGUGGAAUGAAGCCCUUAAGUCCGCUGGGUUUUCAGGAGUAGAUGUGUCUCUGGAUGAUUAUCCAUCCCCGACAGUGCAUUCGAAUGUCCUGGUUUCGACUCGCAUCAUCCCAGACACCUCUCCUUCGUCCGGGGAGGUCUGGCUGCUCCAUGGAGAGAUAAUUCCAGGCCUUUUGAAAGAGCUCGCAAAUAAGCUGGGGAGUCGCAACUUGGUCACAAAGACAGUGCCGCUAGAUAGCGUCCUGACCAAGCUGCCUUCCGAUGCACGAGUGAUUGCCUUCUUAGAUGACGAGAACUUAUUGUUGGAUGCCAGUGACUCUACCUUGGACAUCUUCAAGUACCUCACACACAACACGGCUAGUAUGGUGUGGUUGACAUCAACUGGCAUGGCUCAGGGCCGCAGCCCCGAUGGAGCAGUGGUAGGAGGCCUCCUACGCACGAUCUCAACGGAGGCACCAACAGGCCGCUUCUUCUCUAUCGACAUCGAUGCGGAUCACUUCAAUGUCGGAGAAGCUGAUACAAGCGAGCUGAUUCGGACUCUUGUGGACAAGGAACAAGAACUUCAGCGGCCGAAUGAUGACCAAAGUGAAGAUCGCGAGUUCGCCUGGCACAGUGGCUGCCUGUGGGUGAGUCGGCUGGUGCCCGAGGCUGCGUUGCACGGAUAUGCAGAGCGCGAUCAGAUGCCACCAACUCACCACGCCCAGCUCUUGCCUCUUGACAGCCAUGAAGCGGUGCGCGCCGCCUUUGAGACGCCAGGAAUGCUGAGCUCGCUGUACUUCAAGCCUUACACCGAGCUGACCCAGCCUCUUCCGCGGGAUUCGAUUGAGGUCAAAGUUGCCGGCGUGGGCCUGAAUUGGAAGGAUCUGGCCCUCGCAACGGGUCGCUUUGAUAUGAACAACCUUUCUUCUGAAUAUUCGGGUGUCAUCACCAGCGUCGGCGCGGAAGCAGCUUCUCGUUUUGCCGUGGGCGAUUUGGUAUAUGGUCUAGGCGAGGGCCACUUUGGCAACUAUACGCGCGUGCCUGGUGCCCUUGCGCAGAAGGCGCGUGAUGGAGACGAUCUGCUCGGGAUGGCUACAAUGCCGGUCGUCUUCAUGACGGCUGUAUAUGCAUUUGAGCAUCUGACACGUCUGCGCCGGGGCCAAAAAGUUCUGAUCCAUUCUGCGUCCGGUGGUGUCGGUCUCGGUGCAAUCCAAUUGGCACAAGCCAAGGGGGCAGACGUUUAUGCCAUGGUCGGUACGCCAGAAAAAGUGCGCUUUUUGGUCGAAGAGAUUUGCCUACCGUCUUCGCAUGUAUUAACGCGUGAGCCGGAAGAGUUGGCGCGAGCCACCGUUGCCACUGAUGGCUUUGAUGUGAUUUUGAGUACAGCCCAGGAUGACGGGUUGUAUGAAUCCAUCAAUGCGCUUGCCCCCUUGGGCCAUCUCAUUGAUCUCAGUCGAUUGGAUGUCAAUGGUGCCAGGGAGAUUGGUCUGGAACUGUUCCAGAAGAGUGCCAGCUUUUCGUCCUUCGAUCUCGCUCGGCUGGUGCGCUGUGACCUGGGGCUUGGAGCUGACCUCAUGCAAGCUGUGGAUGAGCACUAUCGGGCUGGCAACAUCCGUCCCAUUCAUCCUAUGACAGUCUCAGAUAUCUCUCAGCUGGACCAGACGCUUCUCGGUUUCUCUAAGGGAACUCAUGUUGGUAAGCAAGUCGUGAGCUUCCAGGAUUCCAACACACUCGUCCGGAUGGUGCCGGCAUCCCCGGCGGCCCGAUUUGACCCCGAAGCUUGCUAUGUUGUCACCGGCGGUCUGAGUGGUUUGGGACGGUCGAUCAUCCAAUGGAUGGGCAGCCGAGGUGCUCAAGAAAUUGUAGUCUUGUCUCGUCGUGGUCCUCAAGCUCCAGAUGCUCAGACACUCGUCGAUGCUCUAUCCAAGCGCGGGGUGCGUGUCCACCCUGUCGCCUGUGAUCUGAGCAGCUCGGAGCAGGUUGUACGUGCCAUCAACGAAGCAUCAUCUAUUCGACCCGUCAAAGGGAUCGUUCACUGUGCGGUUUCCUAUCAGGACAUUUCCUUCCACAAGAUCUCCCCCGCGGGCUGGCGUGAUGGUCUCGCUGCCAAAGUGAGUGGAACAUGCAACCUGCACGAGGCCUCGAAGGCUCUCCAACUGGAUUUCUUUGUCAUGACUACUUCAAUCCUCUCCGUCCUCAGCUUCGCAACUCAGGGUGCCUACACAGCCGCCAACAAUUUCCAGGAUCAGUUUGCGCGCUAUCGCAGCCGCCAUGGCCUUCCCGCUACAGCCGCCCAGUUCGGAUUGGUCAACGAUGUUGGUCACCUUAGCGCUGAUGCCCUGACACUCGACUUGAUGACUCGGAAUAAGGUUCUUACCGUGCCAGAAAGCUACUUCCUUCGCCUUCUCGAACCAGCGUUCCUCGGCGAUGUUGGCUUGCAAUCCACCGGGGCUGAAGUUGACCCAUUAGCAGCUGCGACAUAUGUGACCUACAUGGACCCGGCGCACAUGGCCCAGAAGGAGCGAGAGAAUAGCGAAAUGGGAGUCCGCAGUGCAGCCCAGCCACGAUGGUACGGCGAUGCGCGGGUAUCGCACGUAAUUCGUGGAUUUGAGGACGCGAUGCGCCAUAAUCAAGGAGAUGAGAACACCGCAUCCACCGGAGACUUGGAAAGUGGAAGAUCAGCCACUGCACGAACUCGGCGCGAAUUUGAUGAUGCAGUUCACAAAGCAAGGACUACUUCCGACGGAAAUGAAAAGCUUGAACUGCGCGCCUUGGCGCUGCAGCUUACCUCAAGUUCAAUUGCCACCACAGUCGCGACAAUGCUGCUGAUGGAUAUAUCAGCUGUCAAUACGGCUCGCGCUGUGUCUGAUCAUGGCGUGGAUAGUCUGAUUGCGGCAGAGCUACGCAACUGGUUCCACUUGGCGCUGAGAUCCAAAAUCAGCAUGGUAGAUCUGCUGGAUCCACGUACCAGUAUCAAUGCCUUGGCAGCAAAGGUGGUUGAUGCUGCUAUGAAUUUUCAAGGGUGA